UUUCAGAAACGUUCUUGUAAAUAGGAGCACCAGCAAAAUAUUUAGCAGCACACAUAGGCCUACAGCUUCUUCUGCAGGUCAUCGUUUCUUUCAUCUCUCGCUGUCUCAAUUUCCUUUAAGCUGAAGAUUCUUCUGCCUGCCAUACUGUAGUCACAGGUGAAGAGUUUCUCUGACAGAUGAAGAAUAUGGCUCACACUUGGUUUAUUUUACUCUUUCUACUAAAGCUCUUGUGUGAUGCGUCUUGUGAUGGAGAGAAGACAGUGAUGCACAACACUCAUAAUACUGAAAUCCCAGCUCCUGAAAUUAUCAGAGAUUAUCCACCAUGUGAAGGAAGCACAAGCUCUAAAUGCCUUGUUGCAUGUUCAGUAUCGAACGUGGCACAAGCUCAGCUCUCGUGGUAUAACGGAAGCAAGUUGUACUCAAGCCUCAGGAUUUCUGAUCUUAAUAAAAUACUAUAUCUUGCGGUGAAAUAUAAUGAGACAAACAACUACAGCUGUAUGGUUUCCAGUUCAGGCAUCAGUAAUACUUCAUAUUUCAAUAUUUCCAGUCUCUGUCAGCCAUGUUCAGUUAAAACAACGACAACAAUUCUAGCGAGUGAAGGGGAGUCGGUCACUUUACCCACUUACCUUACUGAACUGAAGGACGGAGAUGACAUCAUGUGGUUUUAUGAGCACACUUUCAUUUCUGAAUUCUAUAAAAGCAGAAUUACAUAUCAUGACUGUAACGAUGGAAGAUUCUCUAACAGACUUCAGCUGGAUAGUAAUAAUGGAUCUCUCACCAUCGCAAACCUCAUUAAAACCCACUCUGGAGUGUAUAAAUUAAAGAGUCCUACUGCGUCGCUAAUUGAUCACAAUCAACAGUUGUGUCAGGGUUAUAACAUUACUGUCUAUGAUACUUUGCCAGUUCCUGUCAUCACCAAUGACUCAACACAGUGUUCAUCAUCAUCAUCAAAAUGUGUGUUUUUGUGCUCAGUGAAUGUGACACGUGUGAGUCUCUCCUGGCACAAAGGAAAGAGUUUAUUGUCCAGCAUCAGUGUGUCUGAUCUCAAAAGAAGCAACUUUCUGUGUCUGGAGGUGGAAUACCAGGACACAAACACGUACAGCUGUGUGGUGAACAACUCAUUCACCAACAAAACUACACGACUUAACAUCCGUGACCUAUGUAAAGAACACAUCCAGCAUCACAAUAUUUAUCUUGUAAUUGGCAUAGAUUUUGCUUUUAUUAUUACUAUUGUGUUGAUCUGGUGCUGCUGCAGGAGGGGGUGAGCAAGUCAAGGCCACAAAUAUAAUUGACAGCAUAUGAGACUUGUGCAAAAGUCAUUUUUAAAGAAAUGAAGUGUUGUUUGUAGAUGAGCAAUAUUCAGUCUUUCUUUGCCUGUGUUUUUAUAUGAAUUGAAUGAAGUGGCACCAUUAAGAGCCUUUAAACAUUGCUUUAUAAUAUAUUCAAAAUAUAAAACUUUGUUUUGGUUAGGUCCUAUUAAGGUUGUCUGAGUUGGUAAAUCACUUGUUAGAUUUUGUUUAGCUGUACAUUUUUUUGUUAAGAUUUUCACAAAAAUCUCAAAAUAAUUGCGGCUACAUUAGAUUGUGAAACAGAAUAAAUGUUAUAAACAUGAGA